AUGUUCAAACUCCUUCUGCGCUUCAGCCGUCCACGAAAUACCUUUCUUAACACGGUAGGAACCAUCACCGGUCUUGGAAUUACUCUCUGCAUUCGCACUAGAUUUAGCGGUUACCAAUACACACCGUAUUGCCUCUGUGACCCCUGCAAAGUUCAUGACCGAUCUCCGGAACCAAUUCGCCAUCCCCACUAUGCGCUCCACUUGCUUCACAGUCUUCGGGAUGGCCAAAUCCGCAAAUGCGUUGACGUGCUUGGGCAGCCGGAAUAUUUUACUUUCACAAAUUCUGUACCCUAG